AUGCAUAUUGGGGCAGCGGUCGGAGAGGGCGAGGAGAUUAAUGUGGGGGCUGCGGCUGCAAUUGAGGAGCAUGGUGAGGUGGAGCCUGAGGAGGAUCCUGAUGAGCAGGCGGAAGAUGAGGAGGAAGUGGAGGGGGAUGCAGGGGAGGUAGAGGCUGGGGAUGUGACGGGGGCGUCGUUGAUGGAGCCUCUGGUGACGUUGAAGCCUGGGGAGGAGGACGAACCCGAAGAGCUGGAGGGGGCCAAGGAAGAGCUGGAUGAGGAAUCCGAGGAGGCUACGCCUUCGGAAGAGGAGCCCGAGGAGGUGGAAGAGGGCAAGCAGGAAUGCGACGAUAUUGAGGAGAAAGGCUUGAUGGAUCGAUCUGCGGCGAACGAUGCGAGUGAAGUAUCCAAACAGGAACACGGUAAAUUUGGCAGCAAAAAUGUGGAUAAAGUUUCUGAUCAAUUCAGGAAAGUCAGUGAUAGCUGUGGAAGCAAAAGAAAUGAUGCACAGAACUCUGAACUUGAUGGAGGUCUUGAAAUAUUAGUUGACAAAUUGCCUAAAGAUUGUGUUGAGGAAGACAUUGCAAUGGCCUUUUCUCAAUGCGGGGAUGUCAAAUCUGUUAGGAUAAUUAAAAAUUCAUCAUCCGAAAAGAACAAUGAUAUUGCAUUUGUCUGUUAUGCAAGCGUUGAAGCUGCAAAGAAGGCUCUCGUUGAAUUUAAGGAGGGAAUUGAGGUUAAAGGAGAAAAGGUCAGGGCUAAAAAAGUAUACCUGGAAUGUGUGCCUCUUUCUUGGGAUGAAGAUAAAAUUAAAGAAUGCUGUCAACAAUAUGGGAACAUUCUGAAAGUUGACCUUCUCCAGAUAUCAAAGAACAUGGAAAUUGAAACCUUUUCUUUUGUUGAAUUCACAUCCAGCAAGAGUGCAUUAGCUUGUGUGGAAGGAAUAAAUAAUGCUAAUGUUGUUGAUGGAGGCUUCAAGGCCAGUAGUGGUGAAACUUCAGAAGGUGCUACUACAUCUAAGAAGGAUAAAGCCCACACAGGGAGGGUUGCUGUAGAUAAGGAUUCACUACAUAAAUUGCCAAAAGGCAAGAAGAAGCUUACCACUCUCACAAAGGAAACCCUUGUGAAGAUGAAUUCACCAAGCAAAUUACCAAAUGGUUCUGAUGUAAAGCUAACCUCACAAGAUGCUGCAGAAGUACUGCAAACAUCCAAUCCUUCUGAAUGGAAGAGGAAAGUUGGGAAUUACAGAAACACCUCUAUGAUGUUGAUGAGAGCCAGGGAGCCUAUGAACAUGCUGCAGUAUUGA